AUGGACAAUGGCGACCCUGUUGAGCCUGAGACCCAAGAUGAGAUUGAAACCGUGCUGGCACCACAGAACAGUGACGAGACCCUCUACUGUGAGGCCGAAGCCCCCACAAUUGUCAAAAGAGAGAAACCAGCCACAGAGAAUUCAGAAACAGACCUCGAGAUUGAAGACAAUGAGAAAUUUUUCACCACUGGACAGAAGGAGCUGUACCUGGAGGCCUGCAGACUGGUGGGCGUAGUGCCUGUGUCCUACUUCAUCCGGAACAUAGAGGAGUCCUACUUGAACCUCAACCACCAUGGACUGGGCCCCAAGGGUACCAAGGCUAUUGCAAUAACCCUGGUGUCCAACACGACAGUCACCAAACUGGAGCUGGAAGACAACUGCAUCACGGAGGAGGGUGUCAGGAGCCUGACAGAGAUGCUGCAUGAGAACUACUACCUCCAGGAGCUGAAUAUUUCCAACAAUGAUCUUGGUUUGGAGGGAGCCAGAAACAUCUCAGACUUCCUCAUGAGAAACACCUCUUCGAUCUGUAAACUUCAGCUUUCCGGAAAUAACCUCAAAGAAGAAGCUGCAGAACUGCUCUGCCAAGCCCUGUCGUCCAAUUACCGAAUUAAGAAUCUGGAUCUCAGUCAUAACCAAUUCUCUGAUGUGGGAGGAGAGCACCUGGGACAGAUGCUGGGCCUCAAUGUAGGGCUCCAGUCGCUGGAUCUGAGCUGGAAUCACUUCCACAUGCGGGGAGCUGUGGCCUUGUGCAAUGGCCUCCGGACUAAUGUGACCCUGAAGAAACUGAAUCUCUCCAUGAAUGGCUUUGGGAACGAUGGGGCUCUGGCCCUUGGGGAGGUCCUUAGACUCAACAGCUGCCUGACCUACCUAGAUGUCAGCAGCAAUAACAUCAGCAAUGAAGGAGCCUCCAAAAUCAGCAAAGGACUGGAAUACAACGAAAGCCUCAAAGUUCUGAAGCUUUUCCUGAACCCUCUAAGUAUGGAUGGGGCUGUUUUACUUAUCCUGUCCAUCAAGAGGAACCCCAAAUCCAGGAUGGAAGAGCUUGACAUUUCCAAUGUGCUGGUAUCUGAGCAGUUCACGAAAAUACUGGACGGAGUGUAUGCUGUUCACCCCCAGCUGGACGUGGUAUACAAAGCAGUGCAAAUGCUCUCGGCCAAGAAAACCAUCCUCCUGUGGACAGACCCCAUGAAACUGAUCCAGAGCUAUGCAGACCAGCACAAAAUCGCAGUCGUGGACUUCUUCAAGCACUUGAGCCCUACUGGAGCAAUGGAGAUGCCUGUGGGCGAGUUCCGAAAAGCCAUGGUGCAGCAAGAUAAGGUCCCUGUCAACCAGUACCAAGUAAGGGAGCUGAUAAAGAGGCUGGACGACAAGACAGGCAAGGUGGACUUCAGCUUUUCCAGCUCUCUAAGGCCUGAUUCAGGAAACACAGGAAUAGAAGAUAGGAUCCUACACUAG